AUGCUCGGCAGGACCUAUGUUGAUGUGCUCAACUUCCUGCACUACGAGCUCACUCUUCCGGAGACCGAGGAAAGCUGGAAAAAGCGCCAAGACCUCCUCGCAGAACUCUCCGCAUUCUUCGACAACCGUAAAGACGGCAGUGUCUUGCCCAAAGACUUCAUCGAACGCGUCAAGGUCAUCCUGCCGGACAUUGUCACGGCGGCCUUGUCUGAGCGUACCACCCUCUCUUCUCAAGCUUGCCGAGUCGUCACCAAUGUCGCAAAGCACCUGGAGUCCCAAAUCCAGCCUCAACUGGAUAUGCUCCUUUCGCAGCUCAUCGUCCACUGCGGUUCCACCAAAGGCGUAAAUCAGAAAAACGCCAACGAUGCAGUCAUCACCAUUUGCAAGCAUGCCGGCUACAGUCCGCGCCUCUUCUACCAUGUCUGCUCCGCAUUCAGAGACAGACGCAUCCCUCCUCGCACCUAUGCCCCAGAGUGGCUCCGAAUCCUUCUUGCAACGUACCGCACCCAAAUGGACAGGGAGAAAGAUGGCGAAGCGGCCCGCAAAGCCAUAUACCAGGGUCUCACCGAUGGACAGGUCAAAGUCCGCGAGAACAGUCGCGCUGUCUACUGGGAGUACGCGACGUACGAUGUUCAGGGUGCUCGCAUGAUCAUGGGUGGACUCAAUCCCCAUGCACAAGCUGCUCUCCGUGAAGACCCUCACAACCCGGACAAAUCUGCUGCAAAGGCUGCCAGAGUACCACGCCCAGACUCAGCCCUCGCCUCCAUCAAAGCACAAAAUAAACAACGCCUGCAACAGCGCCGUGGCUUCACACCGGCCUCAGUCAAACCAGACGACUUUGUCUUUGGCUCCAUGGAAGACCUUGAUGCCCUCACAUACAAGAAGUCCGCACAGCAUGCUGCCGCUGAGCCUUCCAAACAAGAGAGACACGCCGAGGAACAUCCUCACGCCAGUCAUCAGAGCGAGUCGGCAGGCAGCUCUCGUCAAGGCAUCUCAAGCCACUCUCGCACAACCACUUCCAAAGCGCCCAAGGACACCAGGCUUGACACGACGAAAGACUUCAAGGCAUCAAGCCCUCAAGUCGAUGCACGCCCUUUGCUCUCGGCGCCAGUCAGACGAGGUCGCAUCGUCGCCACCCCCAUGUCCAAUGCAGCACAACGCCCUGGAUCUCGUGGAGAAACUACCAAGAAACCCACCGAAGUCAAGGAGCGGCCACUGCCAGAAAAACCAACUGGCCGCCAUACUCCAGUCUCACUCACUGAGAAGGAGGCCAUGACCUCCACUAUCAGUCGACAUCGCAAGACUGCAAGCCGUCAUGACGCCGUCAGAGCCGAUGAAAAGGAUCUCCCUGUCGCCAGCGGUCUGCAAAGUCUCAAACGAAGCGGUCGUCAGACACCUGUUAUCAUUGAGGACAAGGAACCAUCGACAACUCCAACGACCCAGUCAAUCAAAAAGGCUGACCGACCGCUGCCUAUGGUCACUGAAGCCAGGGAGCUACCUGCUCUUCCAACGAUUCCUCCCCCAAAGAAGGUUGAUCGAACGGUCCCCAUCAUCGCCGAGGAUGAGACUGAGCCAACUUCUGCUACAAUCAAGCCCACUGAUGUCCUCACCACGUCGGAGCUAAGCACAGAAUCACCCGCUCUGCCAGUGAUCCUCCCUCUCCGAUCAGUCACUGCGUUUCCCCACGAGAAUCAAAGCACGAUUCCGUCUGUUGAACGCAGCCAUGAGAAAGGGACCAGCCGUCAACAUGUUGCCGAUGGGAAAGAAAACACCUACAUUAUCCCAGCUCCCAGAAAGAGAUCGCCCGCCACCUCACCGCGUCGUUCUCCCAACCGUUCUUCCAACCGUUCGCCACAACGAUCUCCACGUCGUGCUAGUAUCGCGGCCUCCGCGAAGAGAUCACUUGCCACAGCCGUGGACUAUCUCCGUCAGGGCAAUUUUGACGCUAUGGGCUACCGCAGGCUUAGAAAGCUGAUUGAAAAUCACCCUGGAGUCUUGAUCACCAGCCAAACACAGUUCAAUGAUGUGUUCGAAAUCUUGAUUGGCAAAUUGACGUCUCUUGAUGAACUCAUCGAACCCCGGGAAAGAAGACUUGAGAGCCUCAGCCACCCGGCCUACACCAGACACACCAUUCUCCUCAUCCUAUUCAUCCUGUUCCGGCAAUAUCCACAAUGGCCGGAACCGCACCCUGGCAUGACCCUGUCCGCGCUCAUCGUCGCCAGAUGCAAUCACAGCUCUGGCUAUGUCUCAGUCUUACGAGCAAUCGACGACUCCGCAGCAACCCUAUGUGCCCACACAGAAGACCUUCUUCCUUCUAUCGAUGCAGUCCUCGAUACCCUAGAACAGAUCGAAUAUAUCAUUACCACGCAUGAUCCUAUUAUUACACCUACAUCCAACACCACUGUUAUCUGUACCAGCCUGCAGAGUCUCGCAUCGGACUUUGGACCUGAGCGUCCGCGUUUCUCCAACCGACUCCCUAUCAUUCUGGCUUUCGGGGUGAGAAUUCUCUGCAGCCUCCUGGAGCGCCUUGCUUCCGAAGGACAGAGCCUCUAUACCAUUCAAGAAGACCGACUGGCUUCAUUCGCGGAACACCUUCUCGCCACCUACAAAUCCCUCAUCAAGAGAUAUGUGAUGGAGUAUUGCACCGCCCUCCAUGCUGUCAUCAAACCUGAAAAGCGGUUCUAUCAGUACUUCAGCGACGAGUCUGACAGGAACCUCAUCCACUACUAUGUUGCUGGAGCUUCCGGCAUGGUCUAUGGAAGCCUGGGCAACACCGGUCGGAUCGUCAUGCCAGAAGACGACGACAUCAUCAUGGAAGACUACAUGGAACCCGAGCCAUCCACCUUCAAUCCCGGGUCGGACAUGUCGGCGGACUUCAAGCUUCUACAACAUGCUGCAAAGGACACUGCCAUUGUACCAGCGCGAAAAAGCCCCACUGUCCAACAAGUCACUGUCGGGAGCAGUCAAGUUGCCGCUUCGGAUGAUUCGGGCAACUGGCAGAUCCUUGGAAGGACAGUCGACGACGCAUAG